UCCAUGCCUCCAUCCCCCACAUCCAUAAACUACAUCAUUCUCCACUCAAUCCCGCAAAUACCUUAUCCCUCCUAUCUCCCCUCGCGCCCUCUCUCCAUGGCCACCACCUCCCUGCAAUCCCUUUUUCAUCCCCACCACCACUCCUUUACCUCCACCCCUGACUCUUCCCUCUUCCUCAAACCCGCCACCACCCCAACCAAACUCCUCUCCAACCUCUCUUCCUCCUCCAUCACCACCACCCCAUCCUCUCCUAUCACUCCCACCACCACCACCUCCUCCUCCUCCUCCUUCGCUGUCAUCGCCCGUCACCUCGAGGCAAGCGACUUCCGGCAGGCUGACGAGGAGACGCGGCGCCUCCUCAUCGCCCUCGCAGGCGACGCCGCGCAGAAGCGCGGCUACGUCUUCUUCUCCGAGGUCCAGUUCAUCGACGCCGCCGACCUCCAGGCCAUCGACCGGCUGUGGCGCCUCCACAGCUCCGACCGCUUCGGCUACAGCGUGCAACGCCGGAUAUGGGAGAAGUCCCGCCGCGACUUCAGCCGCUUCUUCAUCCGCGUCGGCUGGAUGAAGCGCCUCGACACCGAGGUGGAGCAGUACACGUACAGGGCCUUCCCGGAUGAGUUCAUCUGGGAGCUCAAAGAUGAUACUCCUGAAGGCCACCUCCCACUGACCAAUGCUUUGAGAGGGACUCAGCUUCUUGCUCGUAUAUUGACGCACCCUGCUUUUGAGGAGGAGAGUUUAGAGGAGGAGGAGGAGGAGGAGAAAGAAGGUGAAGGUGGUGAGAAGGAUGUGGAGAAGGAGAGGCCCAAGCCUCUGAGCAAUACAAAAACCUUCAAACCAGAUUACUCCUUUUAAACAUGGUUUUGAAGGUCGGCAGCCUAUUUUAUUUUAAAUAAGCCUUCCAUGGCUGUCUAAUUAUUUCCAUUUCCUUUCUUUUUGGUAUUUUCGUUCUCUUAAACAUGGAUCAUGGGAGAACUUUGCUGGCUGUGAAUGGGUUGUUGCAUGUUGCAUGAAGUAUUAAUACAUAAAAUGUCAUCCAAUUACAGAGUU